AUGGUUGGGGCCAGACAGAAGCAGGUACUGACCCUCCUCCCCACCUGCCUCGCCCUGGCCUUCUCCCUCGUCGCGGUGGGCAGCAGCUACUGGUGCGAGGGGACCCGGAAGGUGGCAAAGCCUCUGUGCCUGGACCAGCCGGGUGGGCCGCACUGCAGUCACUUCAGCGGGGGCCACGACAGCGAUGGCAGGAGGGGCACCGGGAGCCAGGUUGUCCAGUACAUUUGGGAGACGGGAGACGACAAGUUCAUCCAGUGCAGGUUCCACGUGGGGCUCUGGCAGUCCUGCGAGGAGAACCUUGACGGCACAGGUGAAAAGUGUAGGAGUUUCCAGAGUAUAAUACCAGCUGAAGAACAAGGUGUUCUGUGGUUGUCCAUCGGGGCCGAGAUCCUGAAUAUCCUUCUGUUGUUGACAAGUGCCAUCCUCCUGGGGUCCAGAGUGAGUUCUCAUAGCUCUGUGUUCCACUGGCUCAAGGUGGACGCGUCUGUGGCCAUUCUCAUGGUGCUGGCAGGGCUCCUCGGUAUGGUGGCCCACAUGAUGUACACAACCAUUUUCCAAAUCACGGUGAACCUCGGACCAGAAGAUUGGAAGCCUCAGACGUGGGACUAUGGCUGGUCCUAUUGCCUCGCGUGGGGUUCCUUUGCCCUCUGCAUGGCUGUGUCGGUCAUGGCCAUGAACAGAUACACAGCAGCCCGCCUGGAGUUCAUAGAGAAGCAGAGGGUACAGAAGGGCAGUCGGCAUUCUCAACACACCUUCCCGGAACCCAAGGCUUCGGAAAGUGUUCAGGAAACAGAAGCUACUCCCAGCCCUGCUGGGUGUGCCCUCGUGAGUGAAUCUGAGCACCUGCCGCCCAGUGCCCCAGGCAAAGUGUCCAUGUGCUAGGCAGUGCUUGUGGCUACCAGAUCCACACAGGCAAGCAAACCAGGCACUGGGGUCCACAGUAAACAUCUCGGGGGUGGACUUCAGAAGGCUGUGGUCCAGGUAAACCUUCUACCCACCAUCUUACCCUUUAUUAAACAACUUUGGCUUCAGGUACUGAUUCUUGGUAAAAUGCCAGCGUCUUCAAGUAAGAUUGCACUUAUGGAAGGUAUCAACCAUUGACACUAUGGUAUAAAUCAGCACCUCAAGCUUUUCUGACAGUGUGUUUAAUAAGGGUAACCAAUAAAGAGGGAACAUGUGAGCCCUAAGGGUAAAAGAAUCUGAAGAAAGGGGAAAGCAAGGUUCUAAUUACAAAGGGUAUGAAAAGUGUUACCCACAAGUUUGUUGACAGAGGAGUCCAGAAAAUGUUUCCCUUAAGGAACACACACAAAUUGAUAGUAUGUGUGAUUAUCCCAUACUUUCUCUUUUAUUUUAAUGAAGAAGGCACAAAUUUAAAUGUAAAUAAUUUGUUUUGUGUUAAUUUAAAUAUGUAUUUUCUUUGCAAUUUACUAAUUUCCACCUAGAGUAGAAUCCAUUUGGAAGGAUAACCAAAUGAUACAACAACAUGAGAACAGUCGAAUGAAAUGACAUCUUAUCGCAAUUAAGUAGAACAAAUGUUGGAAUUGUUAUGCUUCAAUUGCCAGGCACUUUUGUUUCUAAAAAUAAACAUUGCUAAAUGUGCAAGUUUUGUUUGAAGC